AUGAAUUGUUCUAUUCAACAAGUCUUUUACCCAAUGGGGGGACCGACGGCCUGUUUCUUCUACAGCCAGCCAGUCAGUGAGCCAGUCGACGAUUAUAUGACUGGCGUCGAAAUCUGCUGUGAUCUUCUCGACAGACUGUGUCUAAUCUACGUGGGGCACUCAUACGAUGCUGAAAGAUUCGAUUCCGCAGCUUUUAUCACGGAAAUGGCAGCUCCUAUGCCAUGGCUACAGGUGGAUGAGAUGGAUGAGACGGGUGAUGAAGACGGCGAGGAGGAUGUAUACAUCAUCGAUGCCGAAGAUGAAAUGGAUAUCGUAUAUGAGACGGACGGGGCCAAUUUUUUCGAUAUGGGCUACUCAGAAGCAAUGGAUAUCGUCAAAGUGGGCGAUUUGGACGAGCUGGGCGAUGUGGAAAUGGUCAUAGACAGCUGA